AUGAAGAAAAACAGUGAGGUGUGUUUACCUACUGAUGAUACAACAAAAAAUGGCAGGAGUAACUGGAAAUGUAUUUUGAAAUCUUCUUCUUUUCUGGAGGAACAUGUGGAGUGCAAGUUGAAUAACGGUAUUGCUAUAAGGUUUUGGUAUGAUAAUUGGGAUUCUUCUGGUCCAUUGAAAAAUAAGUAUCCUGCAAUUUUUAAAGUGUGCAGCAAGAAAAAUGUGUCAGUUGUAGAGAUGAUUGAGAAUGGGAGGUUGGCUUGUAAGUUUAGGAGAAGGUUAUAUCAGCAUGAACAACUUGAAUGGAAUAUGUUAUGUAAUGAGUUAGGGCAUGUACAUGGGUUGCAUGAUGAGGAUGAUGUGGUGGAGAUUUUGGAUGGGUUUUCAGUCAAGAAGUGUUAUGAACAACUUGUUCAAGAUGAUACAAGCUGGGAGAUAACAAAAUUUCUAUGGAAGCCUCAGAUUCCAGCAAAGGUGAGCUUUAUGCUGUGGGCAAUGUUUCAUAAUUCUUUACCUACAUUUUCCAUGCUCAGAUAUAGAGGUGUAGAGGUUGAAAGCACUACUUGUUUGUUUUGUAAAAGGGAGGAGGAAUCUGCAGAUAAUUUAUUUGUAAAUUGCUCUUUUGCUUAA